UGCAACCAUUCCGCCUCCUUCCUUUCCUCCUUCUUCUUGAUUAGCCCGCCGUCGGCGCAAAAAACAGCCCCCCUCUUUGUAUCCUCGUCGUUCUAUGGCAAUCACUGAUACGGUGAACUCAAAGGCUAUAGAUCAAGACUCCUUACCUCUCGUCUCAGAGACUUCAUCUCUUGCAGAUACCGGGUUCGACGCCGUAGAGCGCGAUCCUGAGUCAUGGGCAGGCUCUCUACCCGCUAACCAGGGUCUCUACCUCAACGACCAAGAAAAAGAUGCCUGCGGUGUAGGCUUUAUCUGUCAUAUCAAGGGCGAACCUAGCCACAAAAUCGUCUCCGAUGCUCGCCAGCUCCUCUGUGCCAUGACCCAUCGGGGAGCAACUGGUGCGGACAGCCGUGAUGGCGACGGUGCUGGUGUCAUGACUGGCAUACCCCACGACUUCUUCAAGCGGGAAGCCGAGCGGGACAUUGGCUGCGUCUUGCCAGAAGCAGGCGAGUACGCAGUGGGCAACGUCUUCUUCAAGGCGAACGACCCCAUACAGCUUCAAAACCACCAAGCCAUUUUCUCUAGCAUCGCCUCCGAGCAUGACCUUCGGGUCCUUGGUUGGCGAGAGGUCCCUACCGAUGGUACUAUUCUUGGCCCCGCCGCGAGCAGCAAGGAACCUGCCAUAUACCAGCCAUUCGUGGUCCUUAGGGCCCACUAUGGAGAUGGGAGCCGCAGCGCAAACGGGCCUUUUGAUGCCAAGCGUUUCGAGCGUCAACUCUACGUUUUGCGUAAGCACGCAACGCAUACCAUCACUCUCGCCAAAGGCUUUUACGUCUCCUCCCUGUCGUCGAAAAACAUUGUGUACAAAGGGCAGCUUUCGCCUCCGCAAGUAUACAACUAUUACCAUGAUCUCAACCAUGUCCUGUAUCGUUCGCACUUUACAUUGGUGCAUUCUCGAUUCUCUACAAACACCUUUCCUUCUUGGGACCGUGCUCAGCCCAUGAGAUGGGCCGCUCAUAACGGUGAGAUUAACACCGUGCGUGGGAACAAGAACUGGAUGCGCGCCCGCGAAGGUGUCUUGUCAUCCACCCUCUUCGGCGACCAACUCGACUUGCUCUACCCCAUCAUUGAGAAUGGAGGAUCCGAUUCCGCUGCAUUCGAUAACGUUCUCGAGCUCUUGGUCGUCAAUGGGGUCAUUACGUUACCAGAGGCGGUCAUGAUGCUCAUUCCUGAGGCAUGGCAAGGGAACGAGCACAUGGAAGCCGAGAAACGCGCGUUCUACAACUGGGCUGCUUGUCUCCAGGAACCCUGGGAUGGACCCGCGCUCUUCACCUUCAGUGACGGUCGCUAUUGCGGUGCCAACCUUGACCGCAAUGGCUUGCGUCCAUGCCGAUACGUCGUCAGCAACGAGGAUAUCAUGGUUUGUGCCUCUGAGGUCGGUGCGGUGUAUAUCCCUCCCGAAAAGGUUGUCCAGAAGGGUCGCUUGAAGCCCGGUCGCAUGCUUCUUGUCGACACUGAGGAAGGUCGUAUUGUUGACGACAAGGAACUCAAGCACAACACGGCUACUAAGCAGAACUUUGCGUCUUGGGUCGAAACUCACGUCCUCCAUGUUCCCAACAUCGUGAAGCGCGUUCUUCGCGCAAACAUCCCCAUCGCUCCCGUCAUCGACGAUGCUCCCUUGAGUAACGAUCCCAAGUUGCUCGCCUUCGGCUACACUGUCGAACAACUUAACCUGCUGAUGUUACCUAUGGUGGACACCGGGAAAGAAGCUCUCGGAUCCAUGGGUAACGACGCUCCUCUCGCCGCCAUGGCCACCCAACCCCGCCUCAUUUACGACUACUUCCGCCAGCUGUUCGCCCAGGUCACCAAUCCUCCCAUUGAUCCCAUCAGAGAAAGCGUCGUGAUGUCUCUUGAGGCCUAUGUGGGUCCCGAGGGUAAUCUUCUCGAAAUGAGGCCUGAGCAGUGCCACCGCAUCCUUCUUCCAUCCCCAUUAAUCUCCCUUGAGGAGAUGAACUCAAUGAAGAAUCUCAAGCAUGCAUACAUUGGAUGGCCCUCUGUCACGAUCGACAUCACUUUCCCCAAGGAGGACGGUCUUCCUGGUUAUCAGCUUGCCUUGCAGCGUGUGUGCAGCGAGGCCACUCAAGCCAUCGAGGACGGAAUAAAGGUGAUCGUACUUUCGGAUCGCGCUACUGGUCCAUCCCGUGUCCCCCUCUCAGCGUUGGUCGCAUGUGGUGGGGUUCACCACCACCUGGUGCAGCAGAAGAAGCGUGCGAAGGUGGCCCUUAUGGUCGAGACUGCUGAGGCGAGGGAGGUCCAUCAUCUCUGCGUGUUGGUUGGCUACGGUGCCGAUGCCGUAUGCCCGUGGUUGAUGAUGGAGACUGUUCAUAAAGUGGCUCGUGAGGGACUGGUCAAGAAUGACACGAGCCUCGACGAUCUCAUCGCGAACUACCGGCACUCGGUGGACAACGGCAUCUUGAAGGUCAUGUCGAAGAUGGGCAUCUCCACCCUUCAGUCAUACAAGGGUGCUCAGAUCUUUGAAGCCCUUGGGUUGCACAACGAGGUCGUCGAUCGCUGCUUCAACGGUACCGCAUCUAGAGUUCAGGGUGCUACUUUCGAUCUCCUCGCCAUGGACGCGUUCGAGCUUCAUGAGCGUGGCUGGCCUUCGCGUGAGACUAUUCUCCCGCCGGGGAUGCCCGAAUCUGGAGAAUACCACUGGCGUGACGGAGGCGAGGCGCACAUCAACGACCCCGCCGGCAUCGCGAGCUUGCAAGACGCGGUGAGGGAGAAGAACCAGGGAGCAUACGACGCGUACGCUCGGAAUGCCAACGAACAGACGAAGAGCAUUCAUCUCCGCGGACUUCUCGACUUCCGCUUCGAGAACGCCACACCCAUUCCCAUCGAACAGGUUGAACCCUGGAACGAGAUUGUUCGACGUUUCGUCACUGGCGCUAUGUCUUAUGGAUCGAUCUCUAUGGAGGCUCACUCCACACUUGCCAUCGCCAUGAACCGUCUUGGCGGAAAGUCCAAUACUGGCGAAGGUGGAGAGGAUGCCGAGCGUUCGCAGUUGAUGCCCAAUGGCGACACGAUGCGGUCUGCAAUCAAGCAGGUUGCCUCUGGUCGUUUCGGUGUCACGUCGAACUACCUUAGCGACGCAGAUGAGCUGCAAAUCAAGAUGGCCCAAGGCGCGAAGCCGGGUGAAGGAGGAGAGUUGCCUGGGCACAAGGUGUCGGGCUCAAUCGCUCGGACCCGUCAUUCGACCGCUGGCGUCGGUCUCAUCUCUCCACCUCCCCACCACGACAUCUACUCCAUCGAGGAUCUCAAGCAGCUCAUUUAUGACUUGAAGUGCUCCAACCCCCGUGCUCGCGUGUCCGUCAAGCUUGUUUCAGAAGUCGGCGUCGGUAUCGUCGCAAGUGGUGUCGCGAAGGCCAAGGCCGACCACAUCCUGAUCUCCGGCCAUGAUGGAGGUACAGGUGCUUCUCGUUGGACUGGUAUCAAGUAUGCGGGUCUGCCUUGGGAGCUCGGUCUGGCGGAAACGCACCAGACCCUUGUUCUUAACGAUCUUCGUGGUCGUGUCACCGUCCAGACCGAUGGUCAGAUUCGUACAGGUCGGGAUAUCGCAAUCGCUUGCAUGCUCGGAGCUGAAGAAUGGGGUUUCGCGACGACACCUCUGAUUGCGAUGGGUUGUAUUAUGAUGAGGAAGUGUCAUUUGAACACCUGUCCCGUUGGUAUCGCUACUCAGGACCCUCAGCUUCGCGCCAAGUUCGCCGGGCAGCCCGAGCAGGUCAUCAACUUCUUCUACUAUCUCGCGGAGGAUCUCAGAAGCCACAUGGCUAAGCUGGGCUUCCGCACAAUUAACGAGAUGGUUGGACGCGCCGAUAUGUUGAAGGUCAACGAUAAGAUACGCACUAUCAAGACUGCGCACCUCGAUCUGUCAGCUGUCUUGAAGCCUGCUUGGCAGAUGCGUCCGGGUGCAGCAACGUACCGCGUACGCCAGCAGGACCACAAGCUUUACAUCCGCCUCGAUAACAAGUUUAUCGACGAGUCUGAGCCCGCUCUCACAAAGGGUCUCCCUGUCCACAUCGAGUGCGAUGUCACCAACACCGACCGUGCUCUCGGCACAUCGCUUUCUCAUCGGGUAUCGAAGCUGUACGGAGAAGAGGGUCUGCCCAGGGACACGAUUCACAUCCGCAUGAGAGGGUCUGCGGGUCAGUCCUGCGGUGCAUUCCUCGCACCUGGCAUUACCAUCGAACUCGAGGGUGAUGCCAACGACUACGUCGGCAAGGGCUUGUCCGGUGGGCGCGUUAUCGCUUACCCUCCCAAGCAGUCCACGUUCAAGGCCGAGGAAAACAUCAUCAUCGGCAACGUCUGUCUAUAUGGUGCCACCUCGGGAGAGGCUUUCAUUCGCGGUGUUGCUGCUGAGCGUUUCGCCGUCCGUAACUCAGGAGCCAACGCCGUUGUGGAGGGUACUGGUGACCACGGAUGCGAGUACAUGACUGGUGGUCGUGUGGUGGUUCUCGGUACCACGGGACGCAACUUUGCCGCAGGAAUGAGCGGCGGUAUCGCCUACGUUCUUGAUACCGCCCACACCUUCGCUUCCAAAGUUAACAUGGAGAUGGUGGAGCUGGGCAAGGUAACCGAUCCCAGAGAGAUCGCCGCUUUGAGAGCCCUCAUCGAAGACCACCGUCACUUCACUGGCUCUGAGGUGGCAGACCGUGUGCUUCAUGACUUCCACCACUUGUUGCCCCUCUUUGUUCGCGUCAUGCCCUUGGACUACAAGCGCGUUCUGGAAGAGCAGGUAGCGAGGGAGAAGGAGGAGAAGCAGCGCAUGAACGUGAUCGAUCUUGUUCCUUCUCGCACCGCCAGCCAGGUUGAUCUUGCCUCUGAAGGGCUCGAGGACAUUCUCCUGCCCAAGGAACCCCCGACUCCCACAGUCCCUGUCAAGCGUCACGAGCCAGGUCUGCAAGAUAUGGAAGACUCUCUGGUCGAUGAAUCGACGACGAAGCAGCGCCAGCACAAGUUUGAUAAAGUCCGUGGCUUCAUGAAGUACCAGCGCCUCAACGAGGCGUACAGGCCCCCUCGCAAACGUGUCAAGGACUGGAAGGAGAUCUCUACUCGCUUGACCGAGAGCGAGCUCAAGUAUCAGUCGGCACGCUGCAUGGACUGCGGUGUCCCCUUCUGUCAAUCCGAUUCUGGCUGCCCGAUUUCCAACAUUAUCCCGAAGUGGAAUGACUUGGUUUUCAAGGGUCAAUGGCGCGAUGCACUCAACCGUCUUCUCAUGACCAACAACUUCCCGGAGUUCACCGGUCGUGUGUGCCCUGCCCCUUGCGAAGGUUCUUGCGUUCUCGGAAUCAACGAAAAGCCUGUUGGCAUCAAGAGCAUUGAAUGUGCUAUCAUUGACAAAGGCUUCGAAAUGGGCUGGAUGCAGCCGAACCCUCCCGCGUUCCGCACCGGAAAGCAUGUCGCCAUCAUCGGGUCUGGCCCUGCUGGUCUGGCGACCGCAGACCAGCUGAACAAAGCCGGCCACUAUGUCACUGUCUACGAUCGGAACGACCGUAUGGGCGGCCUCCUCAUGUAUGGAAUUCCGAACAUGAAGCUUGACAAGGCAGUCGUGCAGCGUCGAUUAGAUCUCAUGGCAGCCGAGGGAGUGACAUUUGUUCCAAAUGCGCACGUCGGUGUAAAUGUUGAUGCCGCUGAGUUGCGUGAGGAGAACGAUGCGGUUGUCGUGUGCACAGGAGCUACGUGGCCUCGCGAUCUCAAGAUCCCCAACCGUCAAGUUGAUGGUAUUCACUUUGCCAUGGAGUUCUUACAGCUCAACACAAAGUCGCUAUUGGACUCGGAGCUAACAGAUGGAGGAUACCUCAGCGCAAAGGGCAAAGACGUUAUAGUCAUUGGAGGAGGAGACACUGGAAAUGAUUGUAUCGGUACUUCCAUGCGUCAUGGUGCGAAGUCCGUCACCAAUUUCGAGCUCCUACCAAAACCGCCUGGGUCCCGCGGUCGUGACAACCCAUGGCCUCAAUGGCCUCGCAUUUUCCGUACCGACUACGGUCACACCGAGGUGGCCGCUCAUUUUGGGAAUGAUCCACGUGAAUACUGUAUUUCUACCAAGGAAUUCGUCGUGGAUGACGAGGGUCGCCUCAAGGGACUUAACACUAUUCGCGUUGAGUGGACCAAAGACAGCGGCGGCCGAUGGAAGAUGGAAGAAGUCCCCGGAUCCCAGAAGUUCUUCCCGGCGCAGCUCGUCCUCCUUGCUCUUGGAUUCCUCGGCCCGCAAACCGAAGUUAUCAACGCGCUCGACGUGAAGCAAGAUGCUAGAUCUAACAUUCAGACGCCGCCCAAGAAAUACUCUACCAACGUGGAAGGCGUCUUUGCUGCAGGAGAUUGCCGUCGCGGUCAAUCUCUGAUCGUGUGGGGUAUCAACGAGGGACGUGGCGCCGCAGCCGAAGUCGAUGCUUGGCUUAGCGAUGGUACGACGAGACUUCCUAGUGCUGGAGGGUUCAAGACCAGAACCUUCAUUCCCCCACCCUCUGGCCUUCCUCAGACAGUCAAAAUUCAGGCUUGAAAGACGAUCUCAUUCAGGACACGACCAUUCAUGAACGUUGCAAUUUACCGGGAGCUAAGUAUUGUAAGCCAGGAACCCUUGUUUGUACACUACUGUACUCGUUGCAUUAUCAUCUUAACGUAUGUAUCCCAACUACCUUUUUCCGGGUUUGUCACAAUGUAUCAAC